AUGUCAGAUAAACGGGAAGUUAAUUUAACCGGUGUCAAAGAGAACAAAAACGUGUGGCUUGUAAAGGUGCCAAAGUACUUGUCUCUCCAAUGGGACAAAGCCCCAGAAAAGGGAGACGUUGGAAAAAUUACCAUCAAAAAGAAGCAAGGGAAAUCCGAGGUUAGCUUCAAACUGAAUGCAGACUUAACUGGGCUGGACGAGCUGGGAGAGAAGGAUGCUGCCCUCCGCAUUCCCAGGGAUCACCCAUUCACCAUGCACAAUGUGGGCGGACAGACCCUUGCUGUCUUCAGCCAGAGUGAAAAAGGUACAAGAUGA